AUGCCAAAAAAGCAACUGGAAGGACUAGGAUUGCAUUCAAAAACAAACCCGAUACUCCCCAUAACGCAGGAUGACAUUCUUGGUGCACCGACCCCUCAAGCGGAUGACCUGGCUAGCGUAGCCAAUUCAUUACAGUCCUCGUCCACAACGUUAUCAUCAUUUGCAAAACGACAGCAGCGCAAACUAAAGAUCAAAAGCCUAAAGAAGUCAAUGGAUUCCAGCUUCACUAUUCCGCGCUACUUCAAAAGACUACUGAAUGUACGCUCCUUGGAUUUCGAGACCGCCCUUUGGGAGAUGCUCAACCUUAUUAUACAGCCAAAGCGUGUUUACAAAAGCUUAUACUACCAGAAGCAGACCAAGAAUAAGUGGUCAAGAGACGAUCCUAGUUUUGUUAUUCUUCUGAGCUUUUUCCUCACAGUCAGCGCGAUACUUUGGGGCUUGGUCUACUCAACAGACAUUUUGACUAUUUUCAAAUUGAUCUUGUACAUGGUUGUUGUCGAUUUUGUCCUGGUAGGCCUGUCGGUUGCCACAGUGGGCUGGAUCAUUGCCAACAACUUUUUCAUUCAAAAUCCAAACAUGAACAUGGGUUCCUCGUCAUCCCAAAGGUUACGCAACAUUUUCUUGCCUACUGACUCCAUGUUGGAGUGGGCAUACUGCUUUGACAUUCAUUGCAAUGCAUAUCUGAUAAUAUGGGUGUGUCUUUAUCUGGUGCAGUUUAUUUUGCUGCCAUUACUCAGACUCAACAACUGGAUUUCCACACUGCUAGGAAACACACUCUAUCUAGCAUCAACCUCAUAUUAUUGUAUUAUUACGUUCUACGGCUAUAACGCACUCCCGUUCCUCCAAAAAACCGAGUACCUGCUUAUGCCGAUCCCAGUGCUCGUCUGUGGUUGGAUAGUGCUCACUCUGGCUGGUUUCAAUAUCGCCAACUACAUGUCCAAUGCAUACUUCAAUUAA